AGGGCCUUUAUGUGCUGAAUGGAUUCGUUCCAGUGGCUCUCUCUCUAGCUGCCAUAGUAGAUCUGCGUCUGUGCAACAGGGAGCUGAGGCUGAACUCCUCUGUGCAUGAAAACACUGUGCAAACAUGGCUGGUAAGAUUCAGGGUCUAACGGAGGAGGAGAGGACACACCUUCUACCUCUGCUACGCAGCGCCCAGUGGGUGGAGGUCGUGGGACGGGACGCCAUAUACAAAGAGUUUAUUUUUAAAGACUUCAAUCAGGCGUUUGGGUUCAUGUCCAGAGUGGCUUUACAAGCAGAGAAGAUGGACCAUCAUCCCGAGUGGUUCAAUGUCUAUAAUAAGGUCCAGAUCACUCUCAGCACACAUGACUGCGGCGGGCUGUCCCAACGUGACAUCACUUUGGCCACCUUCAUUGAUCAGGCGUCGCUGAUGUGAGAAACACACGACUGAACUUGGAGGCUGGAGGCUCUUCAGGUCAUCAUUCCCCAGAAACCUCUUUAGGGAUGUGACUUGAAAAAUCCAAAGAAACAUGGAGCAGUUACUGAUUAUUGUGAAAGGUGGUGCUAGGUGUUAGACUGCAGGGGCCAAGUGCGCGGUGAAAAUGUUGCUUUUUUAGCAGUUCCCGAUCAUUCCUGUCUUAUGUGCCAAAUGUUUUUUGUACAUCACUGUUGGUACGUUGUCGUCUUUGUCAAAGUGUUUGUCGUUUGUGAAAAAAUGACCAUAAAAGUUCAUUUGUAAUCGUUAAGAAUGCAUUUUAUUUGAGAAAGAGAGAGAGAGAGUGAGUGUAUAAAUGACACAAUACUACAGGGAGGGUUAACAGUGCUUGCUCAAAGAUGGACUAACAUGACAGAGCAUUAAUAAAACAUUUCAAACAUGUUCAUUCAGAAUCUCAGAGAAUAACAAAGUGCAGGGGGAAGUGAAAGAAGUCUGAAGACCUCAGGAUAGGAGACAGGUGAGCAGGGUUCAGGACAGAGUUAAUCAUUUUAGACUUUAUUUAAAAUGUUAAAUCUAAAGGUGAUUGUAUUAUUUUUCAGCCUGUGUAUGUGAGAAACCUGUAUCCCUGUUUUGAAGGCAUAUCCCUGAGAAUGGUACUAAGAGUUCAAACCUCUGAAGGACACAGAUGGAAGCUGAUUAUUGCUACAAACAGUUCAUAUAGGAUUUUCUUUGCAGGUAUCGUUGCUCAGUAAAUGCUUAAAGUGAAAAGGCA